AUGGGUUGCAUAUCGUCGAAGAACGCAAAUGGGGGUUCGGGCGACUCUGGGGGUGCUGCGGCUCCAGGCUCCCUCCAGGGGCAACAGACGGCCCAGCAGGCAGCAGGCGGGGGAGCACCCGUGUCGACCAGGGACAUCUCGCUGGGCGGCAAGUCGAAGGGCGGGGCGGUGGGGUCGAGCGAGCCGAGGCCGGGCUUCGAGCAGACGUAUCAGCUGGGCAAGGAGCUCGGGCACGGUUCCUUCUCAACCGUACGGGAAGGGACGCACAAGGAUAAUGGCGAACGAUUCGCCGUUAAGUGCGUGAAGCGGGCGGAUUUGCCUCCGGACGACGAGGCGGACCUGAAGAUGGAGGUCAAGCUCUUGCAGGAGAUCGAACACGAGAACAUCGUCAAGCUCUACGACUUCUACGAGGAAAAGCACUUCUACUACCUCGUCAUGGAGAUUCUCAACGGAGGGGAGUUGUUCGACCGCAUCGUGCUCAAGCAGUUUUACAACGAAAAGGAGGCCAGGGACGUGCUGAAGGUGCUGUUCAAGGCCAUCCAGUACUGCCACGACAGAGACAUUGCGCACAGGGAUCUCAAGCCGGAGAACUUGUUGCUGGUUAGCGACGACGACGACGCGGUGAUCAAGCUCGCGGACUUCGGUUUCGCGCGGCCCGUGGGGGAAACGGGCCUGUCGACGCAGUGCGGUACCCCCGGGUACGUGGCGCCCGAGAUUUUGAAAGGAGAGCUCUACGGCAAGCCCGUGGACAUCUGGAGCAUCGGGGUGAUCACGUACAUCCUGCUAGGGGGAUACCCUCCGUUCCACGACGACAACCAGGCCAAGCUGUACCAGAAGAUCAAGAAGGGGAAAGUAUCGUUCCACCCUCAAUAUUGGAGCACCGUGUCGGACGAGGCGAAAGACCUCAUCAAGAAGAUGCUCACGUUGGACAAGGAUAAGCGAAUUACAGCUGAGCAGGCCUUAGAGCACCCCUGGGUAGUGGGAGAUGCGGCGGAGCUAGAGAAGCGCGACCUGGGCGCCAACAUGGACAAGCUGCGGCUCUUCAACGCCCGUCGCAAGUUCAAAUCCGCCAUUAGCUCCGUGAUCGCGGCACAAGCGUUGUUGAACGUAGCGGAGUCCUUGGGGAUGGAUCGCUCGGAAAAGCCGGGGACGGGCGCGCCCGAUGGCAGCGCCGCCGAAGUCCCCCCCGCCCCCGCGGGGGUCCCGUCCGGCGACGCACCACCGCCAGCGGAAGAUGACGUACCCCCCCCGAGCAUCCAGGAGUGAUGCAGUGGUUUGAUUGGGUGGUGGGAAGAGGGGGGUCGGAUGUUGGUGUGCGAUGCGCGCGCGGGGCUUGCAUUUUGCGGCGGGUUGUCGCGAGAGGGGCAGAUGGAGUGGUUGGAGGGUAGGUUUGGGGGGCCAUUUCCAGCAAACUGCUGUUUAUGUUAUUUUGUCCACUCACGGAAGGAGGUCGGCCCUUUUUUUUUUUGACG